AUGUGCAGCGAGUGUUCCCGUCCUCACACGUGUUACGGGCUGUUCGGCAGCUCCCUGCAAGCCCCUGCCCAAGUCAUUCACAGCCGCACAGCUCGGCUGACCCUGGCACUCAGAGCGAGUGACGAUGGAAGCGCCUGGAAGCCGAGCGAGGCGGAGGAGGCGGAGAAGGGCAGGAUGAAGAGGACGAUCAUUAAAGAUUGGAAAACGAGGCUGAGCUACUUCCUGCAGAACUCUUCCAAUUCUACUAAAAUGAAGUCUAAGAAAGUGGGGAAACACCGCAAGUACUUCAGACCUUCCCCUGAAGAAGCCCAGCUCUGGUCAGAAGCCUUUGAUGAACUUCUUGCUAAUAAAUAUGGUCUUGCUGCUUUCCGAGCUUUUCUGAAGUCCGAGUUCUGCGAAGAGAACAUUGAGUUCUGGUUGGCCUGUGAGGACUUCAAGAAAACCAAGUCACCCCAGAAGCUGACAUCGAAAGCAAAAAAAAUCUACAAUGACUUCAUUGAAAAGGAGGCCCCCAAAGAGAUAAACAUAGACUUCCAAACCAAGAACAUGAUUGCACAGAAUAUUCAAGAAGCCACGCAUACCUGCUUCAGUGCAGCACAGAAGAGAGUUUACAGCUUAAUGGAGAAUAACUCUUACCCACGGUUUUUGGAAUCUGAAUUCUAUCAGGAGCUGUGCAAGAAGACACCCAUCACCAGAGUGGCCCAGGGAACAUGA